AUGGCGGAUAAUUCUACCAGCUGGUCCAAUGUACAAACAGUGUGCUGCAAGGAUACUUCAGUAUUGAAGCAAUGUACGUUCGAUUACUGCCCCGAAGGAAUAGAUGAUGAGUUAUUCGAGUAUGUUACAGGACAGCUCUGGCGAGUGGGGGCAAUGAUGCUCGUCAACGCCAUCCUUGCAGGACUCAUAGUCGGAAUAGGCGCCUAUGGCCACCGUUAUCGUCACUAUGGAUUCACCCGCUAUCUCUUGCUGGGGGCAACCACCUUAUUUCUACCCAUCAUAUCUUAUGUGCUCUCCGCCACUGGAUCAACCGGCGGUCUUUUUAGAGUCCCUCUCAGUCCAAUUGUUGGCAGCUGCCUCGCAAACUUCUUUCACACAUACAUGGUCAUAGUAUCCACCUGCCUUGUUUUGAUUUCUGCUAUCAAUACAAGCCCUAUAGUUGCUACUGAUGAUAGAGAGGAUCGAAGCAUACGUCCCCCUUUCGAACUUCUCAUUCAAGGAAUUUGGAUUGUUUACCUAGUUGUCAAUACCCAUGUUAUUCCCGUGGGAGAGACCACACCUCUUAAUUAUCUCAGAAUAUCCACACCUUUUGCUCUUAUUCAUGCCAAAAUGGCAUUAAAAUGUUAUGCAUUCGUAAAGGCCCGGAAAUCCUUUGCACUGGGGCGCAAUCCUCGUCUUGUUAUUGGAUAUAUGCAGCAACUGCGAGAAGGAAGUGGUCAAAAUGGCGAGCCAAUGCCGACAAAUGAGGAGGUUGUAAAUGUGCCUCCUCCACUCAUAGUUAUGGGUGAGGACGAACAACAAGUAGAGAAGCAACCUCAUGGUUACAUGUUCAGAAACAACUUGGAGGGAAUUCACGGAGGCAGCUUGGUGACCAUUGACAGAGUUUGGAAAUUAGACAACAUGCUUCUGGUGCCAAUACCGCAACUGAAAGAUACAUGUCUGUCAUUUGCAUUGUUUAAGUUGCUAAGGUGUCGAUUUGCAAGGUACAAACUCACUGGUGUGAUCUCUAUCGAGACCCUCAAAUUUUGCAGAAGUGUGUUGCUAAAGGAUGGUGGACAUGAAAGGUCGUUUAGGAUGGUUGCAAAUGAGCUUUCUUUUCUUCAUGAUUAUUACGAUUCACCACUCCCAGUCUCAUACUCGGGUAGCCGGCUGACUAUAUUUAGCAUGGUUAUCUCACUCUUGACCAUCAGUUACUGCUUAUUUUCUGGGAUGGAUGUCAUCCCUGUGAUGUACAACAAUGCUGCUCCUACUCGGAAACCUUUAGUGGUGAAGCCUGAGGUCCUACCUCAUGGGAGUGCUUUUUGGAGUCGUUACCGGAUGCACACAGUUUGGUGCGUUUACGCUUGUCGUCAUGGAACGUUGAAUAGCCCCAAUAGAAGCCAAUAUUUUGGCAGUUUGUAUUUUGAUCUAGUACCACUACUGUUACUCCUUGUGUUUGUGGUGGUUGCUGAGGCGAGGGAUAUUGCUUCCCACAUGUGCUCUAGCUGGACCAAAGUAAUCCUCACCUGUCGAUGUGUGCACCGUGUCUCCUUGAAGCUCUCUCCUAUCGUCCCGAAAUGGGUUGGCUUUUUGUUGCGAUGCAGAUGCAACAUGUUGCAAAGGCAUUGGAACGACAAUAUGAGACAAACCUCGUUGUUGGUGCUUCACCGAAGGCAACUUCACCAACUUCUCUUACCUGGCUGCCUUCUUCACUUGCUGGGCCGAAAGAGGAGGAAUAAUGGCAUGGUACCAUCAGAAGUGAAGGCUUGCAUCAUCAACGCCCUAAGAAAUGGAGCUAGCCUAAGCAAAGGCACAACGUCCCUGCGCCAGAGCCAAGUUGGCAGAAACUUACUCUGGGCCUGCAACAACAACGAAGGUACAUCUGACACCAUACUUGUGUGGCACAUCGCCACCACCAUCCUUGAGGUGAGGCACCCACACCACCAACAAGAUGGUCGGCCUUCUUCUGUUGUCUAUGAGAAGAAGAUCGCCGCCACUCACCUGUCGUGCUAUUGCGCGUAUCUAGUGGCAUUCUGCCCCGAGCUACUUCCUAAUGAUAAUACAUGGAGCAAGCACCUCUACAAGAAAGUUAAGAAAGACGCCGAGCGAGCCCUCACCGGUUGCGGCGGCGGCGGCAUUGAGGUGUCAUCCUUGACGCCGGAAGCGGGGUACCGUCAAUUGAUCGAGUUGUUGGGUGCUACACAGAAUCGUGAGGUGCUCAAGGAUGCCGCGAAGCUAGCAAGGCAACUUGGGGGCCUGACCGGAGGCGAGGAGAUGUUGUGGGAGUUGCUGGCUGGGUUUUGGUCGGAGAUGAUCCUUUACCUGGCUCCGUCGGACAACCUCAAAGGGCACCUGCGGGCCAUCGACCGGGGCGGCGAGCUGAUCACGCUUCUCUGGGCCUUGCUCACCCACAUCGGGAUCAUCGACAGGCCCGACGAUGCUGCUGCAAGUGCUCCAGCCACUGGUGUUUAA